CGCACACUCUCGGCCAGAGAAAGGGGGAAAAGGAACAAGGGAGAGGAAAAAAAAAUCCCUUCUCGUCUUCGGAGUUCUCAGAAUAAUUUGGCAAUCGACAAUAUUCGCUGUCUCUUGCGUUCGCGAUUGGAUUGAGCUUCGUGAUCGGAGGAUCGAGAAGCCAUGUUUUUGGUCGAUUGGUUCUACGGGGUGCUCGCUUCGCUUGGGCUAUGGCAGAAGGAGGCGAAGAUCCUGUUUCUGGGCCUCGACAAUGCCGGUAAAACCACCCUGCUUCACAUGUUGAAGGACGAGAGAUUGGUGCAGCAUCAACCGACACAGCAUCCGACAUCUGAGGAACUUAGCAUCGGGAAAAUCAAGUUUAAGGCUUUUGACUUGGGUGGUCAUCAGAUCGCACGUAGGGUCUGGAAGGACUACUAUGCUAAGGUGGAUGCUGUGGUGUACCUGGUGGAUGCCUACGACAAAGAGAGGUUUGCUGAAUCGAAAAAGGAACUGGAUGCUCUGUUCUCGGACGAAGACCUGGCCAAUGUCCCGUUCCUCAUUCUCGGAAACAAGAUAGACAUACCAUAUGCUGCUUCCGAGGACGAGAUGCGAUACCAUCUAGGGCUCUCCAACUUCACGACGGGAAAGGGUAAGGUGAAUCUAGCGGAUUCAAACGUGAGGCCGCUCGAGGUGUUCAUGUGCAGCAUUGUCAGGAAGAUGGGUUAUGGCGAUGGCUUCAAGUGGCUUUCCCAGUACAUCAAGUAGGAAAAAGGUCAGUUUUCUCAAGAAUCUAAGUGUGGCUCGAUCUUGGCUUUGGCUUGUUGAUACACUCAUGUGUCCGUAUCGUUUGAUGCGCUCUUUAUAUGGGGAUCCACACGGGUAAACUUGUUUAUAUUCACUCUGUCAAUAUUGAUCUGCUUCCUUUUAUGGUUUCAAGUUA